CAGCGCCUGGGGCAAAUGGACAUCUGCAAAGGUGUAGUGAGCCUGGCCACAGCCUCUGGGGCCAUCUGCCUGCUCUAUAAGGCCAUCAGGGCCGGCAUAAAAUGUCAACCACCCCUCUGCUCUGCCUUACCCAUCUGCCUCGCCCCUGAGUGUCCCCGCCUGGCAAUCGAGCGAGAGCAGCACGGGCAGGACUCAGGUGAGCUCCGGAGGCUCCUCAACUCUUUGGAGUGCAAACAGGAUGAGUACGCCAAGAGCAUGAUCCUGUACAGUAUCACAUGCUGUGUGUACUUGCUGGAGUCCGAGGCCUCUGCAUGUACUAAUGAUGACAUCACGUUGGUGGGCUCCAUGCUGGAUGACAAGGACAAAAGUGUCAAAAUCCAAGCUCUGAACACACUUAAAGCUUUCUCUGGCAUCAGAAAAUUCAGGCUGAAAAUCCAGGAACACUGCAUCAAGGUGCUGGAACUGAUCUCCACCAUCUGGGACUCGGAGCUGCACAUUGCAGGCCUCAGGCUCCUCAACAACCUCCCACUGCCUGACUUUGCACAUCCACAGCUGCGACGGGUGAUGCCUGCCUUGAUGGAGAUCCUGAAGUCAGACUACAUCCUGGCACAGGUGCAAGCCGCGCGAUUGCUGAGCAACCUGGUGCAGAAGAACGACCUUCUCUAUGAUAUUCUCAACUGCCAGGUACACUCCAACUUCCUGAACCUGUUCCAGUCCACACAGCCCGGGAGUCUGCUGCUUGAAGUACUGGUGUUUGCAGAGAGGCUGACUGAGGGCCGGAGUUCACCCCACUACCGUGCUGUGAAGUGGCAUUACAAUGAACAGUCUGUGCACGAAGCUCUCUUUGGGGAUGACUCACGACUGGCAGACCGGCUGCUUGCCCUGCUCAUCCACCCCGAGGAGGAUGUUCAGAUCCAGGCCUGCAAAGUCAUAGUCAGCCUGCAGUGCCCCCAGGAUGUGGGAGUCCGGCCCUCCUGCCCGCCCAGUCAUUCCGGCUUUAAUAAUGCGGAAUAAAAUU